UGUAAAAUAUUAAUAAAAUACAGUUUAACAGUUUAUAUUUACUUUAAAUUGUUAGUUGCGCUUCAAAUCAAGCGAAGGAAUUUGAAGAAAACUAAAUAUUCCAAAAUACUGAAACUUAUUGGCGUACCAUGAACCUGCUGAAACCGGUAGCAUUCUACACUCUGACUCGCGGAUUUGCAAGUACCAGGCCAUGCCAUGUGAAACCGGAUUCGCGCCAGGCGGAGCUGAUGGCUCGGAGUCUGCCAAAGCGACUGCCAUUGAAAGGCGUUCGCGACAUCGUGGUGGUCUCGUCCGGCAAAGGAGGUGUAGGCAAAACCACCACGGCAGUCAAUCUAGCCGUUACGUUGGCCGGUAUGGGUAAAAAUGUGGGACUUCUCGAUGGGGACAUUUUUGGCCCUUCUGUUCCACUGAUGAUGAACCUGUCCGAAGUGCCACUGGUGGAUGAACACAACUGCAUGAUCCCACCGGUAAAUUACGGCGUGAAAUGUCUCUCAAUGGGUCUUUUGGUGGAAACCGGUCCGGUAGUUUGGAGAGGACCCUUGGUGAUGUCAGCUAUUCAACGGUUGCUGAAAGGUGCCGUUUGGGGUCCUCUGGAUAUAUUGGUGGUGGAUACUCCACCCGGAACGGGAGACGUUCACUUAUCGUUGAGUCAACACGUGCCCAUAUCUGGAGUCCUGUUGGUCAGUAGUCCGCAGAUAGCCGCUCUGGAAGUGACUCGAAAGGGGGCAGAAAUGUAUAGGACAUUGAAGGUGCCACUAAUCGGGCUGGUGGAGAACAUGAGUCACGUUAUUUGCGAUAAAUGCGACAAUCGAAUCGAACUGGCGCAAAAUUCAACCAAAGCCUUCGCUAGUCAACUUGGAGUGGACGUUCUGGAUAGUAUUCCAAUCGAGAAGGAGGUUAUGCAAUGCGGAGACUCCGGAACGCCCUUGUGUUUGAAAUAUCCCGAGUCGAACUUUGCGAAAGCAUAUCGAAACAUUGGACAAAAGGUAAUAGAUUUUCUCGACAAUAAACGAACAGAUACUUAAUAAGGACACGUUUGCGAACAAA